AUGAAACUCUUAUAGAAAAAGGUUACAAAUUAUUUUCUGAAAAAAAUAAAUAUAUUAUGUCAUUAAAAGCCAUAAUAGGAGUACAACAGUUAUCAGCCAGAUAAAAUGACAGGUAAUAUUGCUCACCGAAGCUACAUAUUUCAUCUACCUAUUUCAAUUAUAAAUCUAUUAGAUAGAUUAUUGAUUCAAAUGACUCAUUUUAGGAAAUAUAAGCAAUCUUAUCAUCAUUUAUAAUAAUAAAAUUAUCUAAUGAAAAGAAAUAUUAUUCUAGGUUCUAUAUGUAUAUUUAGCCUGUUUCUAAGCUAAAAAUCUGUGGUAUAUAUUAAAGAACUAAUAAAUUUCUUUUUUCAAUGUAGUAAAAUUAAGUUUAUUAAUAGUCUAUUUGAUAAGAAUAUUAUAUAAUUUAUUUUUGUGAAGAUAUGUCAAUAAUAUACUCUGUUAUAUUUUCAUUUUCUAUUUUCCUCAGUAAAAAGUAAUGAUUGCUGA